UCAGCUUUGACUUCAGCGUCAGCGCAAAGAUUACUCCCUUUGGCCUUUAAAUUCAAGAUUUGAUCUGCCUAGGAUCAUCAUUGUAGUGUUUGAUGCUCCCAAGGUCCACUCGCUGAUCGCAAUGCCUAACAAUCGAGGCCCCAGCAAAGGCUGUCAGCGGUGUCGCGAAUUAAAAGUCAAGUGCGAUGAGAAUAGACCAUCCUGCUCUCGCUGCCACAAAGGUAACCACGAAUGUGCAUACCGAUCGCAAUUCGACCUCUUCCACCGAAAUCAGAACACGGUCGCCCAGGUGGCUGCAACCAAGAAAUGGCGCCAACGAGUGGAUAUCGAGCCCUCUAUGAACACCAUUGAGAUUAGUAUACCAAAGGCGCUUGGACCACCGUUGUCUGAACUUGCAUAUAAUCGCCUCUACUAUGAUUUUGUGAAUCCCUGGCCAGGAACUCUCGGCAGACUCCGCCAUCAACUUCGGGAGACGGCUCCAAAUUCUUGUUUGGUCUCUGUGGUGGCUGCAGUAGCUUAUGCCAAUUUCUACGGAAGGUGUAACUCGCAAGACGCGAAGAAAGCGAGUAGUGUGCAUUAUGGAUUGGCAUUGCAAAGGCUGGCAACGGCUAUGACUGACGCCAAAGAGAUGCAGCGUGAUGAAGUUCUCAUGGUCAUUUGGCUGAUGGGGAUGUAUGAGAUGCUCACUUCAGGCCGGCGUGACGGAUCUUGGAUCACACACAUGCUAGGCACACAGUCCGUGAUUGCCCAACAGGAUAGCACGAACUUCACGAAUGGCGAUUAUUAUCUCGCCAUCUUAUGUAUGAACUUGGUUAUAUACUACCUGAACGUGGCCAAGCCUCCUCCGGCACAACUACGGCAUUGGAUUCAGCGUUUUCCAUUCCCGAUGGACUUGAAGAAACGACUCGCCGUCACCAUGGCAGAUGCAGCAUCGACCUGUUCAGAAUUACGAGAGCGCACGAAGUGCAGGACAGCCAAUUUCACGGAAGAGCUGAUCUCGGCCGAUCUCGUUCUCGUUCAGGAAGCGCUCGCGAUAGAUCUCAGGCUUCAAUCUUGGUGUCACUCUUCCCCCCCAGAGUGGUCACCCGUUUCAACACAUCCUGUUACUAGUGACAACCGUUCAUCCUGGACCAGAGAACUUCUCGCCUCCCCCGGCGCACCCGAGUACGCUACCUCGUACUCUAACCGUCUAGCUGCAUGCGAUUGGAAUAUGUGUCGAGCGACCAGACUGUCACUACAACUGGAGAUCCUCUCUUUCAUAUCCACAUUUCCGUCUCCAAAUUUGGCUCUCAGCACCAUCAAGUCUCAUAGCCUGGACCUGAUCAUCACUCUCACCGACGAGAUUGCUUACUCGGUGCCGUUCGCCCUUGAUAUCUCACCCAACGGUACAUCUGACCCAGCCAGUUCAGAUCAAAUUCCUGGAUUAUCUGCAUACAGAAUUCUCUGGCCUAUCUUUACUAGCUCAAUGUGCUUCCGAAACGAGCUGGUUAGGAGUCGGGACUUGGCGCAGAGAGCGCAGAGAGCGCAGUGGUUCCAGACGAUAUUGCGGUUCUUGCGAGAUUCGAUGGGGAUUGCCAAGGUUGAUGUGUUCCUGAGAGAACAAAGUGUUAAUGCAUGA